AUGACGAGUCCUUUCGAUAACGACGCGCUUCCUCGAAACGCGGCGAAUUACGCGCCGUUGACUCCAUUGACUUUCAUCCGUCGCGCCGCCGACGUGCACGGCGACCGAUGCGCCGUGAUGUACGGCGACCAAUCGUGGACAGCGGGGGGGCUGUGCUCAACACGCGCCUGGACGCGCGCCUUCCCCCUCAUCCGCACCCUCCACCUCCCCUCCUGCACCCCCAUCCAGGAGCCAGUGCUAGCCCCCAAUGUGCCAGCUCUGUACGAGGCACAUUUUGGAGUGCCCAUGGCGGGCGCUGUUCUGAACGCCAUCAACAUGCGCGCACCGUCUCCUGAUCCUCAUCCCCCCACCCCACCUCCGUCCCCCCUGCGCCGCACCCCCCAGGUGUCAGUGCUAGCGCCCAACGUACCUGCUCUUUAUGAGGCGCAUUUUGGAGUGCCCAUGGCGGGCGCUGUUCUAAAUGCCAUCGACACGCGCCUGGGCGCGCGCACAGUCGCCCUCAUCAAUCCUCCCAGUUCCCCCACUCCACUCCCCCUUUCCCUCUUCUCCGCCCAGGUUUCAGUGCUGGCACCCAACGUUCCUGCUCUUUAUGAAGCGCACUUCAGUGUGCGUAUGGUUUCCGUGCUGGCACCCAACAUACCUGCUCUUUAUGAGGCACACUUCGGAGUGCCCAUGGCGGGGGCCGUGCUGAACGCCAUCAACACGCGUCUUGAUGCGCGCACAGUCGCCCUCAUCCUCGCCCACGGCUCUGCUCGCCUGGUCAUGGCUCACCGCUCGCUGGCGCCGCUUCUCACCGAUGCCCUGCUGCUGCUGCCGGGACUGCUGAGGGGGAAGGGGCGUCAAACAGGCAUGCCGCAGCGUAGUCUUCCCUCGGCCUCGUGUGCACGUGAGAGUGGGGGAGUGGUGGAGGACGAGUGGGAUGCGAUUGCGCUCAACUACACAUCAGGCACCACCGCCCAACCCAAGGGUGUUGUGUGCACACAUAGAGGCGCAUACCUAUCAGCCCUUGCGAACGUGCUAGCGUGGGGUCUGCAUGCCCAACCAGGAGGGCAGCCCCCCGUGUACCUGUGGACGCUGCCUCUCUUCCACUGCAACGGCUGGACCUUCCCCUGGGUGCUCGCUGCUGUGGCUGGGACUAACGUGUGCUGCAGGGAGGUCACAGCAGCCAGCAUCUUUUCCUUCAUUCCCCGUCACCGCGUCACCCACAUGUGCGCUGCACCUGUCGUCCUCUCCUUCCUCAUCCACGCACCUGACUCCCUCCGCCUGCCCUUCCUCGCCGCCCAGCGCGCCCAGGGCCACGGGGGGGGUGACUAUAACGAGGCCAGAAGGGAGGGCAAUAGGGAGGGGGGUUGGGAGGGGAGUAGCAAUGGCAGCAGCAGCAGCAGGGGGCAGGAGGCGAGGCGGGUGCAUGUGAUGACAGCAGGGGCGGCGCCGCCGCCGGCAGUGCUGGCGGGGAUAGAGGCGAUGGGGUUCGAGGUGCUGCAUGCAUACGGGCUCACGGAGACAUAUGGACCGGCUGUGGUGUGCGAAUGGCAGCAUGAGCGGUGGAGAGGGGUGGAUGAAAAUGAACGGGCGAGGCUCAAGGCGCGGCAGGGCGUGCGGUGCAUGGCCCUGGAAGGCCUAGCAGUAAUGGACCCAGUCACAAUGCGCCACGUGGCAGCGGACGGGCGCAGCAUGGGGGAGGUGAUGAUGAGAGGCAACAUGGUGAUGAAGGGGUAUGCUGAUGACCCACAGGCUACAGAAGCAGCAUUCCGAGGGGGAUGGUUCCACUCGGGGGACCUGGCUGUCAUGCAUCCCGAUGGGUACAUUGAACUCAAGGAUCGCUCCAAGGACAUAAUAAUAUCAGGCGGGGAGAACGUGAGCAGCAUAGCAGUGGAGGCAGUGUUGUACCGCCACCCGUCCGUCCUAGAGGCGGCAGUCGUGGCGCGCCCUGAUACUAUGUGGGGGGAGUCCGUGUGUGCCUUUGUGUGCCGCAAGCCAGGGCAGCAGCACGCGCACGUGGGCGAGGGGGAUAUUAUUGCGUUUUGUCGCGACCACCUGCCGCAUUAUAUGGCGCCGAGAACGGUUGUUUUCACGGAGCUGCCCAAGACCGCGACGGGCAAGAUUCAAAAGUUUGUUUUGAGGGAGAGGGCAAAGGAAAUGGGUAGAGGUGCACUGGCGGGGAUAGAGGCGAUGGGAUGGGGUGGGAGGUACUGCAUGCAUACGGACUGGCGGAGACGGGCCGGUGAUGGUGUGCGAGUGGCAAGAGGCGCGGUGAUGAGAGGUGUGCAUGGUGCAUUGGUUGUGGAUAGAGCCGAUGGGCCCCUCUUCUUUUACCACCUCCCCUUCCCAACCCCUCCUUUUACCACCUCACCUCCCAACCCCUCUCCUUCCACCACCUCUUCUCCCAACCCCUCUCCUUCCACCACCUCUUCUCCCAACCCCUCUCCUUUUACCACCUCUCCUCCCCAACCCCUCUCCAUUUAUUAUCCCUCCUCCCCAACCCUCUUUUACUACCUCCCCUUCUCAACCCCUCCUUUUACCACCUCUCCUCGCACCACCCUCUCUCCCACAUCUCCUCCCCACUUGCAGGGCGUGCUGUGCAUGGCCCUGGAAGGCCUAGCAGUAAUGGAUUUAGUCACGAUGCAAUACGUGGCAGCUGACAGGCGCAGCAUGGGCGAGGUGAUGCUGAGGGGCAACAUGCUUCAUUCAUCCACUCCCUUCCGGCAGGGCGUGCGGUGCAUGGCCCUGGAAGGACUGGCAGUAAUGGACCCAGUCACAAUGCGCCACGUGGCAGCAGACGGGCGCAGCAUGGGCGAGGUGAUGCUGAGAGGCAACAUGGUGAUGAAGGGGUAUGCGGAUGGCCCACAGGCUAGAGAAGCAGCAUUCCGAGGAGGGUGGUUCCACUCGGGGGACCUGGCUGUCAUGCACCCUGAUGGGUACAUUGAGAUCAAGGCUACUGAAGCAGCCUUCCGAGGCGGGUGGUUCCACUCGGGGGACCUGGCUGUCAUGCACCCUGAUGGGUACAUUGAGAUCAAGGUGGGUUGUGGGUUGGCGGUGAUGGAAGGAGCAAUUGGAGAGUACGGUACUAACGUGUACGUAACGCACACCAUCAACGCUGGGUCACACACACCACACCACUCGCGCAGCCAAGAAAUUAUGGCUUCCGCACUCCGCACAUCCGCGCGCCACCUGCGCUCCGCCCUCACCAGCACCGCCGCCGCAUUCGCCGCCCGAGCCGCACUCCCCCGCGCGCCCUGCAUCGCCGCCUCUCUCGAGUCCGCCGCGUCGCUGCCGUGCGUCCCCCGAUUCGCCUCACGGCCGUCCUCCGUCGCGCCCUCUUCCCACGCGUCACCGCCAUUGCGAGCACCACCAGCACUACUAGCACCAUCCGAUCUCCUCUCUCGCUCCACUUUCGCGUCAUGCGCGCCGCACUUUUCAAUCUCGGCGCAAGGCGCGCCGAGCGUUGAUCGGAUCGCAGGCGGCGCGGGCAGAUCAACUCUGCAAACCUCCCAGCCAUCAAUUUCCCGAUUAUCCGCACCAGAGAGCUUCGAGACGUUUUCGUCCCAGAGGCAUCGACUAAGCACCCUCGUCGCCCUCCCGCGUGCAUUCGCCGUCGGGCCCGUUCCCUCCGCCGCCUCCGCCGCCUCCGCCGCCUCCGCCGCACCGUCGCUGCGCGCGGCGCACGACGCAGUGGUUGCGACGCGGGCGGCGGGCGCGGGGCAGGCGAGGAGCGUCUUCGUGGAGGUUAAGAAAGGCGACGUCGAUCGAGCCAUUAAGAAGUUCAAGAUCAAGCUCAGGUCGGACAACGCAAUCAGGGUGGCGCGGGCUCGGUCACACUACUGGAAGGGCGCGGAGCUGAAGCGACUGCGGGCCAAGGAGGCGGAGAUCAGGCGGCAGCAGAGAGACUUCCGGCAGAAGCUCGCUUGGAUCAUGGCCAAACGCGCUAGGCAGCAGCAGCAGGAUUUCCGGCAGAAGCUCGCUUGGAUCAUGGCUAAACGUGCUAGGCAGCAGCAGCAGGAUUUCCGGCAGAAGCUCGCUUGGAUCAUGGCCAAACGUGCUAGCCCUCCUCCCCCUUCCCCCUCGCUUCCUCCUCCCUCGGGCCAUCCGGCCCUCCUCCCCCUUCCCCCUCGCUUCCUCCUCCCUCGGGCCAUCCGGCCCUCCUCCCCCUUCCCCCUAGCUUCCUCCUCCCUCGGGCCAUCCAGCCCUCCUCCCACUUCCCCCUCGCUUCCUCCUCCCUCGGGCCAUCCGGCCCUCCUCCCCCUUCCCCCUCGCUUCCUCCUCCCUCGGGCCAUCCAGCCCUCCUCCCCCUUCCCCCUCGCUUCCUCCUCCCUCGGGCCAUCCAGCCCUCCUCCCCCUUCCCCCUCGCUUCCUCCUCCCUCGAGCCAUCCAUCCCUCCUCCCCCUUCCCCCUCGCUUCCUCCUCCCUCGGGCCAUCCAGCCCUCCCCCCCCCCUUCCCCCUCGCUUCCUCCUCCCUCGGGCCAUCCAGCCCUCCUCCCCCUUCCCCCUCGCUUCCUCCUCCCUCGGGCCAUCCAGCCCUCCUCCCCCUUCCCCCUCGCUUCCUCCUCCCUCGGGCCAUCCAGCCCUCCUCCCCCUCCCUCCUCGCUUCCUCCUCCCUCGGGCCAUCCAGCCCUCCUCCCCCUUCCCCCUCGCUUCCUCCUCCCUCGGGCCAUCCGGCCCUCCUCCCCCUUCCCCCUCGCUUCCUCCUCCCUCAAGCCAUCCAGCCCUCCUCCCCCUUCCCCCUCGCUUCCUCCUCCCUCGGGCCAUCCGGCCCUCCUCCCCCUUCCCCCUCGCUUCCUCCUCCCUCGGGCCAUCCAGCCCUCCUCCCCCUUCCCCCUCGCUUCCUCCUCCCUCGGGCCAUCCAGCCCUCCUCCCCCUUCCCCCUCGCUUCCUCCUCCCUCGGGCCAUCCAGCCCUCCUCCCCCUUCCCCCUCGCUUCCUCCUCCCUCGAGCCAUCCAUCCCUCCUCCCCCUUCCCCCUCGCUUCCUCCUCCCUCGGGCCAUCCAGCCCUCCCCCCCCCCUUCCCCCUCGCUUCCUCCUCCCUCGGGCCAUCCAGCCCUCCUCCCCCUUCCCCCUCGCUUCCUCCUCCCUCGGGCCAUCCAGCCCUCCUCCCCCUUCCCCCUCGCUUCCUCCUCCCUCGGGCCAUCCAGCCCUCCUCCCCCUCCCUCCUCGCUUCCUCCUCCCUCGGGCCAUCCAGCCCUCCUCCCCCUUCCCCCUCGCUUCCUCCUCCCUCGGGCCAUCCGGCCCUCCUCCCCCUUCCCCCUCGCUUCCUCCUCCCUCAAGCCAUCCAGCCCUCCUCCCCCUUCCCCCUAGCUUCCUCCUCCCUCGGGCCAUCCAGCCCUCCUCCCCCUUCCCCCUCGCUUCCUCCUCCCUCGGGCCAUCCAGCCCUCCUCCCCCUUCCCCCUCGCUUCCUCCUCCCUCGGGCCAUCCAGCCCUCCUCCCCCUUCCCCCUCGCUUCCUCCUCCCUCGGGCCAUCCAGCCCUCCUCCCCCUUCCCCCUCGCUUCCUCCUCCCUCGGGCCAUCCAGCCCUCCUCCCCCUUCCCCCUCGCUUCCUCCUCCCUCGGGCCAUCCAGCCCUCCCCCCCUUCCCCCUCGCUUCCUCCUCCCUCGGGCCAUCCAGCCCUCCUCCCCCUCCCCCCUCGCUUCCUCCUCCCUCGGGCCAUCCAGCCCUCCUCCCCCUUCCCCCUCGCUUCCUCCUCCCUCGGGCCAUCCAGCCCUCCUCCCCCUUCCCCCUCGCUUCCUCCUCCCUCGGGCCAUCCAGCCCUCCCCCCCCUUCCCCCUCGCUUCCUCCUCCCUCGGGCCAUCCAGCCCUCCUCCCACUUCCCCCUCGCUUCCUCCUCCCUCGGGCCAUCCAGCCCUCCUCCCCCUUCCCCCUCGCUUCCUCCUCCCUCGGGCCAUCCAGCCCUCCUCCCCCUCCCCCCUCGCUUCCUCCUCCCUCGGGCCAUCCAGCCCUCCUCCCCCUUCCCCCUCGCUUCCUCCUCCCUCGGGCCAUCCAGCCCUCCUCCCCCUUCCCCCUCGCUUCCUCCUCCCUCGAGCCAUCCAGCCCUCCUCCCCCUCCCCCCUCGCUUCCUCCUCCCUCGGGCCAUCCAGCCCUCCCCCCCCCCUUCCCCCUCGCUUCCUCCUCCCUCGGGCCAUCCAGCCCUCCUCCCCCUUCCCCCUCGCUUCCUCCUCCCUCGAGCCAUCCAGCCCUCCUCCCGCUUCCCCCUCGCUUCCUCCUCCCUCGGGCCAUCCAGCCCUCCUCCCCCUUCCCCCUCGCUUCCUCCUCCCUCGGGCCAUCCAGCCCUCCCCCCCCUUCCCCCUCGCUUCCUCCUCCCUCGGGCCAUCCAGCCCUCCUCCCCCUCCCCCUCGCUUCCUCCUCCCUCGGGCCAUCCAGCCCUCCUCCCCCUUCCCCCUCGCUUCCUCCUCCCUCGGGCCAUCCAGCCCUCCUCCCCCUUCCCCCUCGCUUCCUCCUCCCUCGGGCCAUCCAGCCCUCCCCCCCCUUCCCCCUCGCUUCCUCCUCCCUCGGGCCAUCCAGCCCUCCUCCCACUUCCCCCUCGCUUCCUCCUCCCUCGGGCCAUCCAGCCCUCCUCCCCCUUCCCCCUCGCUUCCUCCUCCCUCGGGCCAUCCAGCCCUCCUCCCCCUCCCCCCUCGCUUCCUCCUCCCUCGGGCCAUCCAGCCCUCCUCCCCCUUCCCCCUCGCUUCCUCCUCCCUCGGGCCAUCCAGCCCUCCUCCCCCUUCCCCCUCGCUUCCUCCUCCCUCGAGCCAUCCAGCCCUCCUCCCCCUCCCCCCUCGCUUCCUCCUCCCUCGGGCCAUCCAGCCCUCCCCCCCCCCUUCCCCCUCGCUUCCUCCUCCCUCGGGCCAUCCAGCCCUCCUCCCCCUUCCCCCUCGCUUCCUCCUCCCUCGAGCCAUCCAGCCCUCCUCCCGCUUCCCCCUCGCUUCCUCCUCCCUCGGGCCAUCCAGCCCUCCUCCCCCUUCCCCCUCGCUUCCUCCUCCCUCGGGCCAUCCAGCCCUCCUCCCCCUUCCCCCUAUCUUCCUCCUCCCUCGGGCCAUCCAGCCCUCCCCCACCUUCCCCCUCACUUCCUCCUCCCUCGGGCCAUCCAGCCCUCCUCCCCCUUCCCCCUCGCUUCCCCCCCGCAGCCCUCCCGCUGCCGUCGACGUCCCCCUUAGCCGCCGCAGCCCUCCCGCUGCCGCUGCCGUCUCCCUUCGCAGCCGCGGCUCUCCCGCUGCCGCCGCCAUCCCCCUUCCGCCGCCGCAGCUCUCCCGCUGCCGCCGCCAUCCCCCUUCCGCCGCCGCAACCCUCCCGCUGCCGCCGCCGUUCCCCUUCCGCCGCCGCAGCCCUCCCGCUGCCGCCGCCGUCCCCCUUCGCAGCCGCAGCCCUCCCGCUGCCGUCGCCGUCCCCCUUAGCCGCCGCAGCCCUCUCGCUGCCGCUGCCGUCUCCCUUCGCAGCCGCGGCUCUCCCGCUGCCGCCGCCAUCCCCCUUCCGCCGCCGCAGCUCUCCCGCUGCCGCCGCAGGCCUCCCGUUGCCGCUGCCGUCCCCCUUCCGCCGCCGCAGCUCUCCCGCUGCCGCCGCCGUUCCCCUUCCGCCGCCGCAGCUCUCCCGCUGCCGCCGCCGUUCCCCUUCCGCCGCCGCAGCCCUCCCGCUGCCGCCGCCGUUCCCCUUCCGCCGCCGCAGCCCUCCCGCUGCCGCCGCCGUCCCCCUUCGCAGCCGCAGCCCUCCCGUUGCCGCUGCCGUCCCCCUUCCGCCGCCGCAGCUCUCCCGCUGCCGCCGCCGUUCCCCUUCCGCCGCCGCAGCUCUCCCGCUGCCGCCGCCGUUCCCCUUCCGCCGCCGCAGCUCUCCCGCUGCCGCCGCCAUCCCCCUUCCGCCGCCGCAGCUCUCCCGCUGCCGCCGCCGUCUCCCUUCGCCGCCGCAGCCCUCCCGUUGCCGCUGCCGUCCCCCUUCCGCCGCCGCAGCUCUCCCGCUGCCGCCGCCGUUCCCCUUCCGCCACCGCAGCUCUCCCGCUGCCGCCGCCGUUCCCCUUCCGCCGCCGCAGCUCUCCCGCUGCCGCCGCCGUUCCCCUUCCGCCGCCGCAGCCCUCCCGCUGCCGCCGCCGUCCCCCUUCGCAGCCGCAGCCCUCCCGCUGCCGUCGCCGUCCCCCUUAGCCGCCGCAGCCCUCUCGCUGCCGCUGCCGUCUCCCUUCGCAGCCGCGGCUCUCCUGCUGCCGCCGCCAUCCCCCUUCCGCCGCCGCAGCUCUCCCGCUGCCGCCGCCGUUCCCCUUCCGCCGCCGCAGCUCUCCCGCUGCCGCCGCCGUUCCCCUUCCGCCGCCGCAGCCCUCCCGCUGCCGCCGCCGUCCCCCUUCGCAGCCGCAGCCCUCCCGCUGCCGUCGCCGUCCCCCUUAGCCGCCGCAGCCCUCUCGCUGCCGCUGCCGUCUCCCUUCGCAGCCGCGGCUCUCCCGCUGCCGCCGCCAUCCCCCUUCCGCCGCCGCAGCUCUCCCGCUGCCGCCGCCGUCUCCCUUCGCCGCCGCAGCCCUCCCGUUGCCGCUGCCGUCCCCCUUCCGCUGCUGCAGCCUUCUCCCUUCUCCUUCACAGCCCUCCUGCUGUCACCGCACGGCACGGCACCUUCGGCUGGCCUGCAUCCUCACUUACGACAGCCCCCCCCCUCCUCCCCCUUCAUGCUUCAGGGGUUUCCUCAUCCUUUCACAGGAUUCUAA